AUGAACAAAGACGAAGAAGAGAUGAUGGAGUUCGAUAUGGAGACGAUGGGGAAGUUGAGAGAAAUAUGCAGCUGUGGUAUCUGCUUCAAUAUAUUUGACGAAGCCACAGUCUUAAACGAUUACUUUCACAAGUUUUGUCGGAAGUGCAUCUAUGAAACGAUUGCACGAGGAGAUUUCAAAUGUUGUCCAGUCUGUUAUAAUGAUGCUGGUCCCGACCCUGCCAAAAAACUUAGACGCGCCCACGGUUGGGACAACAUAACAGAUGUAUUUUUCAAAGAACAAGAAAAUGAGGAGAUGGAACAAGAAUCUACUGAAGGUUCGGAGAAAGAAUCUUUGGUGCCAUCCUCCAUAGAUAUGGAAGAUGUGAAGCCAUUGGUACCAAUCAAAGCUGAAGAAGAUGACAAGAUUGAGUUACCAUCUGUCUCUCAAAAUGAUGCAAUUGCUCGCACUGCAGUGAAAUUAGAAGAACUGAAAUUGGAAAGAGAGAAUGAUCUAAUGAUUGUUGGAUCAGUUACAACUUCUUCCGCCGUUGAAAGGAAAGCAAUUGCUUUGGUAAUGAAAGAGGAGACACAAGGAUAG